CCACUACUAAUACCACGUUCACUGCACUUCCUUUCGGUUUGUGGCUUACUUUGUGCAACAUCCGUCUCUAAUCAAUCUCUUCUCCAGAGUCCAGACCCUAAACAAAUAAGUCCAAUUCCCAAGUCCCAACCCAACCCAGCUUCGAUCGAAACCACCCCAGCUACGGACACGCUUUUUAGUCCAGUUCUUUUACUUUCAUACACACUUCAAUUCAUAGUCUCUUGGAUGCAUGUACUUGACAACUCUAUUCUGCGCGAUCAAAUAUAAUCCUGUUUUCAUCCCCCUCUGAUUAUCUGACAGCCCGUGUUACUGUACAGUUCCUACUCCGCUGUUUUUGGAUGGCCAAUUCAUGGGCAAUGGAUGGCUUUGCUUUAUUUGUAAUCAAGUCGGCAGUUGUGGUGUUACUUUUACUCUUGGAAGCCAUCGGCGACGGUGAGGCAGCUCGGGCUCGGCUGGAGAGGUGGGAAGCGGGGAUCAGAAUGCCGACGGAGAAGGAAGAACGGGAAGAGAACGGGGAGGAAAUCGGCACGAGAUGGGCUGUUCUCGUUGCCGGUUCUUCGGGUUUCGGCAAUUACCGGCAUCAGGCGGACGUAUGCCACGCUUAUCAGCUGCUGAGAAAAGGAGGAUUGAAGGAGGAGAACAUAGUGGUGUUUAUGUACGAUGACAUCGCCUACAGUGAAUUCAAUCCCAGGCCAGGAAUCAUCAUCAACCAUCCACAAGGUCAAGAUGUCUACGCUGGCGUCCCUAAGGACUACACAGGGGAGAAUGUCACUGCUAAGAACCUGUAUGCAGUACUUCUUGGUGAUAAGAGAGCUGUACGGGGUGGAAGUGGUAAGGUCAUUGAUAGCAAACCAAAUGACAGAAUCUUCUUUUAUUACUCUGACCAUGGAGGCCCAGGUGUGCUUGGAAUGCCCAAUUUGCCUUUCAUCUAUGCUGUUAAUUUCAUUGAGGUCUUAAAGAAGAAACAUGCAGCUAGAGGUUACAAAGAGAUGGUUAUAUAUGUUGAGGCCUGUGAGAGUGGGAGUAUUUUUGAAGGUCUAAUGACUGAAGACUUGGAUAUUUAUGUUACAACAGCAUCAAAUGCUCAGGAGCUCAGUUGGGGAACUUAUUGUCCUGGGAUGGUACCUUCUCCACCUCCAGAAUUCUUAACUUGCUUGGGGGACUUGUACAGCGUUGCCUGGAUGGAAGAUAGUGAAAUCCACAGUCUGAAGGAAGAAACAAUACAACAACAGUAUCAAAAUGUAAAAUAUCGGGCUUCCAAUUACAACACUUAUGAUGUUGGAUCUCAUGUGAUGGAAUAUGGGAACAAAAGCAUCAAAUUUGAGAAGCUUUAUCUAUAUCAAGGUUUUAGCCAGGAUACUGAGAAAAUCAAUCAAAACUCCCUUCAAUUCCAUAUGGAUGUUGUUAACCAAAGGGAUGCAGAUCUCCUCUUCUUGUGGCAAAGGUACAAGAAGUCAGAGGAAGGAUCCAAAAAGAAAAAAGAAAUUUUCAAGCAAAUAGCAGAGACAAUAAAGCAUAGAAUUCAUCUGGAUGGUAGUGUUGAGUUGAUCGGCAAUCUUCUCUUUGGACCUGAAAGAGCUGCUUCUAUCCUCAGUGCCGUGAGGCCAUCUGGGUGGCCCUUGGUUGAUAACUGGGAUUGUCUGAAAGCAUUGGUCCGGCUGUUAGAAUCACAUUGUGGGUCAUUGACUCAAUAUGGGAUGAAACACAUGCGUACACUUGCAAACAUUUGCAACAGUGGUAUCUCACAGGAUGCAAUGAAGGAAGCUUGUAUGGCUGCUUGUAGGGGACGUCCAUCGGGGUCACUGAAUCCUUCAAACCUAGGUUAUAGUGCUUGAUCAUGGUGCAAGUGCCAAGGCUUGCCUCAUAUGAGUAACAGGUCAAUGUAAAAUAUGUGUUCAUUCUUAUGCCUUUUGUAAAUACCUUCCUAUAUAGGUUGUAUGUGGUUGAAAGCUUUACAGAAAGAAAAAAAUGGUUGUUGUUGUUGAAAUUAAUAGUAGUCUAAUUUAAUGAAGUUGAAUGCAAAUUUAUUUCUUUUUUA